UAUAAAUCGAGUGUAACUUGAAUUUAGACUCCCUUCAGCUAGGUUACUUUUACCUAGGUUAGGGUAGGCUAGCCUACUCUAAGCCGCUAGAGGCUUCAGCUAGUACCCGCUCAGCCGCUGUGGGGAACCGACCAGCUCCGCUAUUAUGACGUUCACCUACCAGUGAACCAGGGGCUGUACGAUGCCGACCUUCUAAAUCUUCACCUAAACGCACUCAUACUAGGUACCUACUUACCUUCACCUACUUGAAAAGAACUAUCUAUACCACAUCCAUAAAAACAACAAAAACCAAUCCAUAAAAACACAUACACCAACUAAACAGAAACAAUGGCGACGUCUACCCAACAGCCACCUCUCAUCACCGUCCUCGGCUCCCUCAACAUGGACCUAGUCUCCUACGUCCCGCACCACCCCUUACCGGGCGAAACCCUCACCUCCACCCGCUUCGCCGUGUCCCCCGGCGGUAAAGGCGCCAACCAAGCCGUAGCCUGCGCCAAACUAUCCCGGCCCCGACCCCACUCCGAUAACAGCAGCAGCACCACCACCACCACCAACACCAACACCAACACCAACACCAACAACGACAUAACAGCCCGCGUCCGCAUGCUCGGUGCCGUCGGCGCCGACACCUACGGCACGCAGCUCCUGACGAACCUAACCAAAUACGGCAUCGACACCACCUCCAUCACGCCCUCGCCCAACCUCAAGACCGGGCUAGCCAUAAUAAUCGUCGACGAGCCCACGGGGCAGAACCGCAUCGUCCUCAGCCCCGAAGCGAACCACAGCCUGCUCCCCUCCACCUACCAACUCCCAUCCCCAUCCCCCUUCGGCCACCCCCCACCCUCCCUCCUAAUAAUGCAGCUCGAGAUCCCCCUCCCCACCGUCCUCGCCGCCCUCUCCACCGCCACCACCCUCCGCAUCCCCGUCCUCCUCAACCCCGCCCCCGCCCAAGAGCUCCCCCUGUCCGCGUACGCCGACCUCGCGCACCUCGUCGUCAACGAGACCGAGGCCUCCAUCCUCGCCGGCGUCCCCGAGUCCUCCCUCGACACCGAGGCCGGCCUCGACGCCGUCGCCGACACCUUUCUCGCGAGGGGCGUGCGGAACGUCGUUGUCACGCUUGGCGGGAGGGGGGUGUACUAUCGGAGCAGCGGGGACGGGGACGGGGACGGGGACGGGAAGAAGGGGCUCCUGCCCGCCGAGAAGGCCAACGUGGUCGAUACCACGGCGGCCGGGGAUACGUUCGUGGGGCGGUACGCGCUGGAGGUUGUGUCGGGGCACUUCGACAUCGUGGAUGCGGUGAGGAAGGCGAACCGGGCUGCGGCGAAGACGGUCGAGAGGUUGGGGGCGCAGGAGUCGAUUCCGUGGCGGGAUGAGUUAUGAGUUUACGAAUGGAGUAGAGUAGGUCGUCAUACUUCUUAUUUAUCCUAUUUAGAUACCUAUCUAGGUACUCUUAUAUAUAUGUAUGUAUAUAGUCACAACGAAAGUACAAUUUUUUAAAAAAAAAGGAGGGGGGGGGGGGUUACUCAUCUACAGGAAAAAAAGGGACAAAUCAAAGUCAAGGAUAAGGGGGCAAGGUCAAAAUAGUUCCUCGUCGUGUUCAUAUAAAGAGACUCAAAGUCCCUUCCUCCA